AUGGGGAACAAGGAGGACUCAGUGGACUUCAAGUAUCCCACAUGGGAUGGUGACUGGAACAAAUGGACGGACUAUCAGCUGCGUGUUGAGUUGAGAGCUGAUGGACUGAAAGAGGAGGACCAGAAACUUCUAGGACCUCGGCUUGCAUCCAAUCUGACUGGAAAGGCCUUUGACAGUCUCGCUGAGAUUGACAGAGAGAAGUUACGCCAACCCGAUGGGUGGCAGUACUUUCUCAAGUUUCUCGAGAAGACUCGAGGCCGUGAAAAGGUAGAUCUUCUUGGAGAUGCUUUCAACGAGUUCUUUGUGCGCAAAGAAGUCUACCGCAAGGACGGUGAGGAGUUUUCAGAAUAUGAACCCAGAUUUCGAAGUCUGACCAGAAGAUUAGAGAAAGCCCUCAAAGAAUCAGGAUCAGAAGGCAAACUGCCAACAGAAGUCCUUGGCUGGUUCCUGUUGAACUGCUAUAUGAGGAUGGAUCCAUCGGACAUCGCCAAUGUUCGUGGACGCUCAGAGUCAUACAAGCUGGAACACGUGGUGGCCUCCCUUCAAAAGAUGUGGAGUGGAGGCGGCCUAGCUGCCAAGGAUCAAGAGAUGCGUCGUCGCCGAAAAGAUGGUGGACAAGCCUUGCUGGUUGAUGAGCCUUCUCGACCUGAUGAAGGGGAGGUCUACCAGAAUGUGGACGAAGAUGUGAUGGAAAGCCAUGCCGCCACCAAUGAUGAAGAGCUUGAGGAAUUGGCCACUUGGUACCAAGAAGCCUAUGUUGCACUCGUAGAUGAGCCUGAUGAUACUGAGAUACUUGCCAACUUCAAGGAUGCUCGUCGUGCCCUGGACCAAGCUAGAACGGCGAGGGGUUUUUACCCUGUGAGACACCCUGACAGUCAAAAAGGUCGUGGUAAGUCUCAGGGCAAGGGGAACUACAAUCGAGACAAUGAGCAUGCCAACAAGACCUGCAUUCGGUGUGGGAAGCGUGGCCACAUUGCUCGUAUUUGUCCACAACGAGCUCAAAGUGAUGGCAAAGGCCAAAGUGGAAAAGGAAGUGGCAAGGUGGGUUUUGUCGGUGUCCAAUGGCAAGAACCAACUGCAGAGAAUGCAUGUGAUAAAGGUGACGAGUGUGCACAGGUCUGGGCCACGACUGGCCAUGAAAACCAACUUCGUGGCAAGGCUGUCCUGGAUAGUGGUGCCUCAGAUAACGUGAUUGGAGUGAACACUUUGCAAGAUCUCGCAGACAUGUACGAGGAGCUUGGCCUCAACACUGAGGACGAGUUUGAGAUCGACCGUAACAUCCACAAGAGCUUUGUCUAUGGUGGUGAUCACAGUAGCAAGGCUCUGGCACUUGCACACCUGAACCUUGGUGUCUUGGGAAAUGAGAUGAUGGUCGAUGUGCAUGUUGUGGAGGGCAGUACACCUUUGCUGCUCAGUGCAAAGUUCCUCUAUGAUUCCCGAGCCACCAUUGACUUCCGAAAGGGGACAGCUGUCUUUGAGGGCAUCAACCAUGAAGCGUAUCAGCUGGAAAGGAGUCCAGGUAAUCAUCUCCUUCUACCAGUCACUGUCUUUGGUGGGCGCCGUGGACUGAUGAGAUCUACUGAGAUGUGGCCUCCUGCGGUUCCUGUACUGAGUGCGCCUGAGUCAGAUCCGGACCCAAAGGGGGAUGAACCGAACUGUCGUAGGCUUUUGGAAAUUCAGGUACAAGAAUUGAACGGCAGUGUAGGUGCUGAGGACAAUAUCAAUGCUGCACCCGUUCCUGAUAGGGAGGAACAAGACCAACCUCAAGUGCGAGGAUACAGUCCUAAUCAAUGGGCUUUCGGACAAAGCCACAGUAGGUUGUCUUCCUUCUUGCAGCAGUAUCAAAACAUGCCACUGCAGUCACGUCGUGAAGACCUGACCUUUGAGGAGAAUCUUCAAACUGAGGCAAAAAGCCACUCAGUGAACUCCGCUAUCCUGACGAAGCAUUCGGUGACACAACCCGAGAGCGCAAUGUCGAUGCCAAGCGCCGACCUGAAGACUCUGUUGGACCUUCAGGACAAGAAGGGACAAGUGAGCCGAGAGGAGAUUCAGAGCAUGUCGCUCGAAGACCUCGGCUCGAUGAAGAUGGACCAAGGGGAACGCCACAAGGGGCACCUCUUCCAGGAGAUCUACAAGGACAAGAGCUACAACCGUUGGGUGGCAAGCCACAUCAAGGACGACGACCCAGUCUUCCGCACCAUCCACAAGUACAAGAUCUACCUGCAUCGUCGUCUGGCUCAGGAGCUCGAGGAGGAGAAUGUCCUGGGACAUCCAGGAAGCGGAAGCCAUCAACUUCCCCUGAAACCUUCGAACGUGAAGAAGGUGCACACCAAGGAGGGGUCCCGCCAAGCAGCAGAACUGGAAGCCAUGGGUCAGUUGACUCCAAUGCCCAUUCCGGACGACGAGAGCCUGUCUCAUUGGAGCCAGGUGGAGAACAUGGAGAACGACAUUCAGAACCUCCACAAUGGCAACGAGCAGCUGCACCAACGCAUGGCGCAGAUGGAAGCCUGCAUGGCCCAGAUUCUCACGGUCUUGCAGUCGGGACCACAUGGAGCGUUGAGCCAGGAGAACACGAACUGA